AUGGACGCCCGGAGGAGGGGAGGGGGCGUGGAGAGGGGCGGGCGGGAGGCGGGCAGGAGAAGGACCGCCCCGCGGAGGCACAGCGGACGCCCAGCCUCUUCACCUGUUUCCCGUCUCCCAGAGACCAAGAAGGCGCCGCGUCGCGCCCAGGGUGGCUGGACUGGCAGCCCAGCGGGCGGCGCGGAGGAGAGGGCGCAGGGGUCCUCCUGGCCGCCUUCGGCUCCCGCUCCCGACCUUUGCCUCCGUCAGGCCCCGCCUGGCUCAGGCCCGCAGCCGCCACUGACCUGUUUCCUUCCACCUGGGCGUGCCGGGGGCAGCGGGCAUUGGAGCCCCUUAAGGAAACCCCGGCAUCCGGGGGCCCCGCUGCUCCAGGACUCGGCGCGGAGGGAAGGACUGAGCGGGGACCUAGGCUGGGCGUGGCGUGGGGCCUCGAAUGUUGGGGAAACGGCAAGAAUGAUGACCCGGCCGGACCUUAGACCCGAGAUCGAUGAGAGGCCGCCAGCACUGUCGGGAGACGGCCCGCGCUUCUUCCCUUCCUGCUGCGGCCGCCACCGGAGCGCGGUGUUAUUUCCUGCCCCUCCUGUCGGGAACAAUUUGAGGAACCAACUUAAUCGCUUGGCUUUGAGGGCGCGACGCUCCCUGGAGCUCUGCGCGGCUCUGUCCCGCGGACCCGUGGAGCCUGGGUGACAGCGCCGGGGUCGGAGGAGGGGAGACGUUUGGGGUUCCCGGCCAAGAUGAAUCAGCGUGACCGUUUCGUCACCCUUGGGAAAAUAAAUGUUUCAAGAAGGUUGAGAACUGUGGUUUCUGUAAGUUUAACUUUAGGACCAACAAGCUGUGCUGUCCUGGCAUGGGAAGGGGACGGGGGUCCUC